AUGCCUUCCACUCAAUCUGAUAUCGCUCCCAUCGGUACAACAGAGGAUCAUACACCUAACGAUGACCAGCAAUUUCAGACUGUAGACAGACCAAUGACAAUGGUAUCUUCCAGCGCUACCUUAUGUGGUCUUGCCGAUAAUGACAACGAUGGUGAUACCAGUGCCGACAAAGCCAAAUCGACCGAUGUCGAAGUACCUUCCUCCAUACCUGAACAUCCCAACCCCACCUCAGACUCACCUCAUCCCCAACAACCAGUCAGUGGUCGUAAGAGAAGUUCUACAUUAACUCAUACGCAUCGACGCGAUACUGAAUCAGGUCGACAUCGAAGUCAUACAGUCACGCAUACCCCCAAUCGGAAAUUCUCUUUGAGGCGAUCCAAUACGAUAGACGAUGGACCUGCACCUCCCAUUCCCGCUCCUGGAGAUGUCAUUGCCGUGUUGGAUCCAGCAUCUGUAGGAGGAGGUGGACCAUUGAAAAGGAUCGAAACGGCCAGAAGUGAGAGGUACGAACAGGAAGCUAAAGAACGAGCAGAAAGGGAAGCAAUGGGUCUACCACCUGAUGGAACGGGUAUACUGAAGAAAUUUAGAUCGUUUUCCACUGGUUCAGCAAGAUCAAGAAGAAGACCUACUUUCUCUACACCACUUCCACCACACCCGCUCGAUGAUGAAGAACAUGAACAUGAACAUGAAGAGGAUAACCAUCACACAAGAUACAAGUUGAGGAAACAUAAACCUACACUAUCACCUACCCAUUCGAGGAAAUCCAGCGUGGUAGUCACCCCAGGAGCGAGGAGUGAUGAAGGCAAGGAAGGUUAUUUCGGUACAUCAUCUUCAUCGGAUCAUACUCCAAGUGGGGAUGAGAAGGAUUUAGAAAGACAAUCGAGGUUCAAAGAGUAUGAGGAGCAUGUAUAUCCCGAUGGAGGUUAUGGCUGGGUCGUAUUGGUUAGUUGUGUGAUAUUAGCUGGAUGUACGAUGGGAUGGAAUAUGAAUUAUGGUGUGUUCCAAGAAUACUACUCGACGAAUAUCUUCCCGGGACAGAGCACGGCUGUUCUCAUUCUUCCUGGAUGUUUCAAUGGUUUUUUCAUGAGCUCUUCGGCUUUCUUGUCUGGUAGGAUGGGUGAUCGAUAUGGAUUCAAACGAGUACUAUAUUCCUCAGCGGGACUUUUCUGGCUCGGCUUGUUCCUAGCUUCAUGGUCCACUGAAUUAUGGCAACUUGCUUUGACUCAGGGAGUUAUAUCAGGUUUCGGACAGGGAUUAGCCAUGCCUCUGUUCAUGUCCUUGCCAUCUCAGUGGUUCUACAAGAAGAGAGGAUUGGCAAGUGGUAUAGCGAUCGGAGGUGCAGGUCUGGGCGGGGGUACCAUAACCCUUGUUGCCAGACAACUUCUUACCACUGUCGGUUAUAAGAAAACACUCUUAAUACUAUCCUUCGUCGAGCUCUGCUUCAUGCUCCUCGCUAUUAAGUUUCUACGAACGCGACCUACAUCCCCCGAAGCGAGAAGUGGGAAGACAGCCCCAUGGGUAGACAAGGAUGUAGUCAAGACUGGUGCUUUCUGGAGUAUCAUGAUUGGUACUAUCGUCGGAACUGUCGGUUAUGGAAUGCCAUUCUCUUUCCUUGCUCAAUAUGUUCGAGUCAACUAUACAAUCACCGAUCCUAUUCUUCUUGCAUUACCUACAACGCUUCUAGCAUACAUGGUAUGCGUUGGUCGAGCAUUAGUAGGCUUCGUAGCUGAUCGAAUUGGACCUCUGAAUACAUACAUCCUCGUAUUCUUCCUUUCGGGUGUGAUUCAACUUUGUCUUUGGUUGACUGCCAAAUCGUUCGGAGCGACAUUAGCAUUCGCGGUGAUGUUCGGACUGAUCGCACCUGGAUUCAGUGGCAUAUUACCUCAAAUCAUCGUUCAGCUCUUUGGACCUGCCAAUCUCGCAACAAAUGUCGGACUAAUCCUAAUCUCUCAAGCACCGGGUAACUUCAUCAAUGGACCGAUCGGAGGUGGAUUGUAUGAUGCCACUGGAAGAACUACUUUCAAGUAUACGAUCAUUUUCGGCGGAGCGAUGCAAAUACUAGGUGGUGUACUCGCUUGUUAUGCGAGGUACAAGACCAGUAGAAAAUUCAUUGUAAAGGUAUAA